AUGAAACUUUUCCCAGGAGGUAUUUGCACGCAGCUUUAUCCCGAGAUCAAGUCUCCCUUGGGUUCUAUCCCUGAACUACAAGCGUCGUCAUGUCAUAAAAUAAAGGCAGAUGAAUGUAAAGACGACAUCAGCAGCAGUUACUGGCUAGUUCUAACUGGAAAUAAAAGGGCAGUAAUGAUUUACUGUGAUAUGACCAACGAAGAUAUUGACGAAUGUGCUACAGAAGAGCACAGCUGCAGUGCUGAUGCUGUGUGCAACAAUGCCGAGGGCUCAUACAACUGUUCAUGUAAACCUGGAUACUAUGGGGACGGAUGGUCUUGCAAAGAUAUUGACGAAUGUGCUAAACAAGAUCACGGCUGCAGUGCUCAUGCUGUGUGCAGAAAUACCAAGGGAUCCCACAACUGCACAUGUAAACCUGGAUAUUCUGGGGAUGGACGGACUUGCCAGGCCGUUAUAUUUUCAAGCUGCAAAGAAGCUUAUGACGCGAAAUUACUAAGCGUAAGUAACGUCGUUACGCUCCAUAUCGACUCCAAGCCAAUUUCCGUUUUCUGUCACGUGGGGGAUGUAGGAUGUGGAGAUGGAAUAUGGACCCUUGUCAUGAAGAUUGAUGGCAACAAGGAAACUUUUCAUUAUAAUUCCAAUUACUGGAGCAACAUGUUAGAAUAUAACCUUCCUGGAGGAGAGACUGGGUUUGACCAAAUGGAGACCAAGUUACCAACUUACUGGAACACAUCAUUCUCCAAGAUCUGUCUUGGUAUGAAGAUCGACCAACAGCUCAGGUUCAUUGCCAUCAAUAAGCAAGCAGAUUCCCUGUACUCGCUGAUCGCUGACGGACAAUACCGUCCGACUAAUUUGGGUCGUGACGCAUGGAGGUCCUUGAUUGGUCCAAAGGCGUCCUCGCAGAUUUACUGCAACAGAGAGGGGUUCAAUCUUUACCCAUUGAGAGCUUUUUGGGAGUUUAAGGCUCCUAUAGCAAGGAUCGGUUUUGUAACCAACAAUGCAAAUAACUGCCAAGAUGUUGAUUCCAGAAUCGGGUUUGGUACAGGAGGGCCACACGAUGACACCAACACGUGUGGAAUCGUCGCUGACAAAAGCGGUCUUGAUAAUGGACAGCAGUUCAUUAAAGCCAUGGGGUAUAUCUUGGUGCAGUGACGAGCGAAAACUGUAAUUAUAGUGAGAAACAACGUCAACAUCACCAAAAAAAUUUAAAAAAGAAAUGCAUAACUCAAUACACGCGUACGCUAACUAUCCUUACAGAGUAUGAUAUACAGUGAUACAUCACUAUCGUUUAUGCGCAGCAAUACUCAAAAGCUUUAUCCACAAGAAAUGAGGGUAUAUGUUCUCAGAGAAUAAUAUUUUGGCCGCACGUAGAUAUGGAAUUUCUCUCCUCGUGUUCAACUCGAUAUCUAGCUCGUUCGCAGCACUCACUCCUGGAAUAUCGAGUUGAAUGCAAGAUCUAGU